AUGGAGACCCUCGCGUCUCCGUCGCCACGCUCACCGUCGCCGAGCCUGACGCCGGGGUCUGGCUCGAGCAGCAAUGGCGGCGGCACCCUCACGCCUACUAUCGAGCCCAUCCGUGUGGUGAACCACCUCUCGCUGUUGCUGGAGGCCGCGCUGGGCGCAACGCGCGCCGAGCUCGAGGCCCCCGGCAGUUUGCUCUCGAAGAGCCGCUUCCCGGAUACCCUGCAGCGGUGCGCCCGGUUCGCGAUGGAGGGGCAGACGUCGCUGUAUGUGCAGAAAGAGCGGGAGAGCAUUGCAGAUGAAGGGGAGGAGGGCACGCCCUCCCACACCUACACCAUCUGCUCCGACCUCUCCUCGUCCACCAACACCGUCGCCUUUCUCGUCCUGCUCAAACGCCCCCAGCCCCUGGACGGCUCCCUGCCGCUCGCCACGCAAAUCCAGAUGCUCAACCUGCCCGGCCCCGCCGUGCUCUCCGCCAGCGCAGGCGAGCAAGGCCCCGCCGGCUCGCCUUACGAGAUCUUGCAGCUCUACCUGCACCACGGCCUCGCCCCGUACUUCGACGCCAGCACCAAGUCGCAGCAGAUGCUGAGCGCCGGGGGGGCGCGCGCGGGGCGUACCGACGUGGAUGCGAAGACGGGUAUUCCGGUCACAAAAAAGCGCUGGACCGAGCUGGAGCUGAGCCUGUCGCAUCUACAGCAGAACGUCGAGAUCCCCGAGGUGUCGCUGCCGUUUCACCCGAUCGUGCAGGCGGCGCUAGAUGAGGCGGCGGCGAGGCAGAGCAAGCCGACGUUGGAUCUCAUCCCGGCGUCGGUCCUACAGGACAGUACUUUUCUGAAUAACCUGCAGGCGACGGUGAAUAACUGGAUCAAGAGCAUCCAGGUGAUCACCAAGAUGACGCGGGACCCGACGACGGGGACGGCUACUCAAGAAAUUAACUUCUGGCUGUCGAUGGAGGCCGCGCUGGAGGGAAUCGAGAGCCAGCUGCGGAGCGAGGGCGUUAUGCUGACGCUGGAGAUCCUGAAGCAUGCCAAGCGCUUCCAGGCGACGGUCAGCUUCACGGCAGAUACGGGCUUGAAAGAGGCGAUGGACAAGGUGCAGAAGUAUAACCAGCUGAUGAGGGAUUUCCCGCUGGACGAGUUGCUCUCGGCGACGACCCUGAUCAAGGUGAAGGACUCGAUUGGGCAGAUCUUUGCGCACCUCAACAAGAAGCUCAGGAUCUGUCCUUACCCGAUCAGGAGGGCUCUGCCCCUGGUCGAGGCGAUCUCGGGCGAUCUGGACGAGGUUUUGCAUCGGCUCUUGCCGGGCACCGAGCUCGUCAAGCUGGACUACGCGGACUUUACGCGCGUGAUGAAGCAGGCCGACGCCAUCUUCCGCACGUGGGACGAGAACAUCAAGGAGUUUACCAACGUCGCGCGCGAGGUGACGCGCCGCCGGAACGAUCGCUUCAUCCCCAUCAAGAUCAACCCCCGCCACGGCGAGCUGCAGGCCCGUCUCAAGUACGUGGCUAACUUCCGCGACAACCACGAGCAGCUGCAGCGGACGAUCGUGAACGUGCUCGGGCCGAAGGCGACCAUCUCGGGUAUUUCGGGGCCCGGCGGCAAUAACGCGGAGGGGGGAGGUGCGGUUGUGGAAGAGAUUGGCGAUAUCGACGCCGUCGAGGAGGUCCGGCAGGCGUGGGAGAGCCUGAAGGAUGUCGACCUGCUGGACGUCACGCCGGAGGGCACCCAGAAAUGGGCGCGAGCGGAGAAUAUCUACAACGAGAGGACUGCGAGAGUCGAGAACUCGAUCAUCGCCCGCCUGCGCGACCGCUUGGCCACGGCGAAGAACGCCAACGAGAUGUUCCGCGUCUUUUCCAAGUUCAACGCGCUCUUCGUGCGCCCCAAGAUCCGCGGUGCUAUCGCCGAGUACCAGACGCAGCUGAUCGACAACGUCAAGCAGGCCAUUCAUGCUCUGCAUGAGAGGUUCAAGCACCAGUAUGGCCACUCUGAAGCGCACGCCAUGGCGCAGCUGCGCGAUCUGCCCCCCGUUUCCGGCGCGAUCAUCUGGGCCAGGCAGAUCGAGAGGCAGCUGGAUAACUACAUGAAGAAGGUCGAAGAUGUCUUGGGUGCUGACUGGGCCAUGCACGCCGAGGGCCAGCGGCUGCAGAACGAGAGCGACCUGUUCCGCAAGAAGCUGGAUACCAGGCCGAUCUUCGAGGCGUGGCUGCACGACGUGCAGCGGAAGAAUAUCUCCAUCUCGGGGCUGCUCUUCAACAUCAACAGGAUCAGGUCGGCUGGCAAUACGCUCGAGCUGGCGGUCAACUUCGACGCGCAGGUCAUCGCGCUGUUCAAGGAGACGCGGAACUUGGUCUGGCUCAACUUCCCCGUCCCGCACUCGGUCAACAACGUCGCGAAGGAGGCCAAGAGGGUGUACCCUUAUGCCGUCAGCCUCAUGGAGAGCGUGCGGACUUUUGCGCAGACCAAUCGCCAGAUCCAGGACAUGGACGAGGUGGCUGUCUUGCUGAGUGGCCAUCGGCAAGAGGUGUACAACCUCAUCGCCAAGGGCAUCCCCCUCAAGUGGGAGUCGUUUGUGAAUACCUACGAGGUGCACUUCAACAAGUACGCGGCGGCGGCGGCUGCCGCUGCUGCCGCUAAUGGGGCGCUCGACGGCGUGGGCCUCGCCGGCCCCGGCAAGGCUGGCGAGAGCAGACACGUCAUGUUCGUCCGGGAGUUUGCCCACGCUGUCUCGCUGCUCCAGGCCAAGACGAUUACGCUCGCGAAUAUCCACGCCACGGUGCAGAAGGCGCUCUCCGAGCUCGAGAAGUGCCCGUACGAAGCGGCGGCGUUUGAGUCGAGGCUGGAGACGAUCCAGGCGGCGGUGGAUCAGCUCAACCUAGAGCAGUAUGUCAAUCUGGGGUAUUGGGUGGAGAGGAUGAACCGGCAGAUCAAGCGGAUCUUGCUCGCGCGCCUGCAACACGCCAUCCGGGCUUGGAUCGAGGCGUUUGAGGAUGACACGCCGGAGCGGAGUGGCCGGGAUGAGUAUCAUCGGAGGAGGCUGUCUGACCAAGCGGCUGCUGAGAGGAGGGGCAAGGACAGGGACAAGGACAAGGACAAGGACAAGGACAAGGGCAAGGACAAGGGCAGGGACAAGGGCAGGGACAGGCCGGUGAUCAAGAAGCUCGUGCACGAGAUUACGAUGCGUAACCAGGUUAUCUACCUGGAUCCGCCGCUUGAGUAUGCCCGCGCGAGUUGGUACGCCCAGCUGCAGGAGUGGAUCGGCGUCGUGUGCAACCUGAAGAAGAUCAAGGCCACGCGGUACCAGAUGACGCUCGUCAGCACGACGGCGCUGCAGGUCGACGAGCCUAGGUUCGACGACCUACCGUCGGAGUGUGCCAGCGCCCUGUUGAGGGUGCAGACCAGCGUCGAAAAGAAGCUGCGCGAGAUCGGGGCCUACGUCGACAAAUGGCUGCAGUUCCAGAGCCUGUGGGAUCUGCAGUCCGAACACGUCUACGAGGUGCUGGGCGACCAGCUCUCGCGCUGGCUGCAGUUGCUGCAGGAGAUCCGCAAGACGAGACAGACGUUCGACACCACCGAGGUCUCCCGCUCGUUCGGCCAUAUCACGAUCGACUACGACCAGGUCCAGACCAGGGUUAACGCCAAGUACGACCAGUGGCAGCACGACAUCCUCAUCAAAUUUGCCUCGCGCCUCGGCACGCGCAUGCGUGAAGUGCACGCCGAGGUGGACAAGGCUAGGCGGGAUCUGGAAGGGCAGGCCAUCUCGGCCAACUCCACCGCCCAGGCGGUGCAGUUCAUCACCACGGUACAGGCCUGCCGCCGGCAGGUCAAGCUCUGGGCGCCGGAGAUCGAGACGUUCCGCCAAGGCGAGAGCACGCUGGUCCGGCAGAGAUACCAGUUCCCCUCCGACUGGCUGCACGUGGAGCAGAUCGACGGCGCGUGGGACGCGUUGAACGAGGCGCUGCAGAGGAAGAGCAAGAUCGUGCAGGACCAGACGGACGCGCUGAGGGCGAAGAUCCUGGCCGAGGACAAGGUCAUCCUGGAUAAGAUCUCCGAGGUGGCGCAGCAAUGGGCGGAAGAGAAGCCUGUUAGCGGGACGAUCGCGCCCGACGUGGCGAGCGCGACGCUGGCUGCGUUCGAGCAGAAGAUCACUAGACUGCAGGAGGAGAGCGCCAUGGUGGCGAAAGCCAAAGAGGCGCUCGAUCUGCCCGUCGUCGCCGAGACCACGCUGGGCGUCAUCCUCGAGGAGGUGCAGGACUUCAAGUCGGUGUGGGCGUCGCUGAGCACGAUCUGGAACAACCUGAACGAGCUGCGCGAGACGCUCUGGACGAGCGUGCAGCCGCGCAAGGUGCGCGGGCAGAUUGAUGGGCUGAUCAAGAUGACGAAGGAGAUGCCCAGCCGCAUGAGGCAGUACGCUGCGUUCGAGCACAUCCAGAACGUGUUGAGGGGGUUGAUGAAGGUGAAUCCGCUGCUGAGCGAACUGAAGUCGGAGGCGGUGCGGGAUCGGCACUGGACCAAGAUUUACAAGCAGAUCAAGCCGGGGAAGAGGUACUCGCCGGUGAGCAUGACGCUCGGAGACGUCUGGGACUUGAACCUGGUGGCUACCGAGGUCAUCAUCAAGGACAUCAUCGCCCAGGCGCAGGGCGAGAUGGCGCUGGAGGAGUUCCUGAAGCAGGUCCGCGAGACGUGGACGACCUACACGCUGGAUCUCGUCAACUACCAGAACAAGUGCCGCCUCAUCCGCGGCUGGGACGAGCUCUUCGCCAAGUGCAGCGAGAACCUGAAUUCCCUGCAGGCCAUGCGCCACUCGCCAUACUACAAGGAGUUCGAGGAGGAAGCGUCGGGCUGGGAGGACAAGCUGAACCGCGUGCACGUGCUGUUCGACGUGUGGAUCGACGUCCAGCGGCAGUGGGUGUAUCUGGAGGGCGUGUUUACCGGCAACGCGGACAUCAAGCACCUGCUGCCGAUCGAGUCGUCGCGGUUCCAGAACAUCAACUCGGAGUUCACGGCGGUGAUGAAGAAGGUGUAUAAGCAGCCGAACGUCCUGGACGUGCUGAACAUCCCCAACGUGCAGAAGAGCCUGGAGCGGCUGGCCGAGCUGUUGCACAAGAUCCAGAAGGCGCUGGGCGAGUACCUCGAGAAAGAGAGGGUCUCGUUCCCGAGGUUUUACUUUGUGGGCGACGAGGACCUGCUCGAGAUGAUCGGCAACUCGGGGGACGUCAUGCGCAUCGCGAAGCACUUCAAGAAGAUGUUCGCGGGGUUGAACGGGCUGGUGAUGGACGAGGAGCAGAAGCUGAUCACGGGAUUCACGUCUAAGGAGGGGGAGACGGUCAGGCUCAAGAGGGAGAUCUCGCUGGCGAAGACGCCGAGGAUCAACGACUGGCUGGCGCUGCUGGAGAGCGGGAUGAAGGCGACGCUCGCCGAGCUGCUGGCCGAGGCGGUGGACGAGUUCACGCCGCUCUUCGCCGGGCCCGACCCCGUCGUCGACCGCGCGGCGCUCGCCAAGUUCAUGGACUCGUACCCCUCGCAGAUCGUCGUCCUCGCCACGCAGGUCGUCUGGACCUCCGCCGUCGACUCCGCUCUGGCGUCCGGCGGCGGCGACCGCCUGCAGACCCUCUUUGACCGCGAGGUGCAGGUCCUCCGCGUCCUGGCCGACACCGUCCUCGGCGACCUGGACGUCCUCACCCGCAAGAAGUGCGAGCAGCUGAUCACCGAGUGCGUGCACCAGCGGGACGUGAUCGAGCGGCUGAUCAAGGCGGGGGCGAACACCAACACGCAUUAUCUCUGGUUGCUGCAGAUGCGCUAUGUCUACGUGGCCGAGGGGGAUUUCCUGUCCCGUCUCAGCAUCCGCAUGGCGAACGCUAAGCUCUCCUACGGCUUCGAGUACCUCGGCGUGCCCGACCGCCUCGUGCGCACGCCCCUCACGGACCGGUGCUUCCUCACGCUCACGCAGGCCCUCUGCCAGCGCCUCGGCGGCUCGCCCUACGGCCCCGCCGGCACGGGCAAGACGGAGUCCGUCAAGGCGCUGGGCGUGCAGCUCGGCCGCUUCACGCUCGUCUUCUGCUGCGACGACACCUUCGACUUCCAGGCCAUGGGCCGCAUCUUCCUCGGCAUCUGCCAGGUCGGCGCGUGGGGCUGCUUCGACGAGUUCAAUCGCCUGGAGGAGCGCAUCCUGUCGGCCGUCUCGCAACAGAUCCAGAACAUCCAGCUCGGGCUCAAGCGCGGCGGCGAGGACGACGACCCGCCGGCGGCGGCGGCGGCGGCGGCGGCGGCGGCGGCGGCGAGCCAGAUCGAGCUGGUGGGCCGACACCUCAAGGUCAACCCCAACACGGGCAUCUUUAUCACGAUGAACCCCGGCUACGCGGGUCGUUCCAACCUGCCGGAUAACCUGAAGAAGCUGUUCAGGAGCGUGGCCAUGUCCAAGCCGGAUAAGGAGCUGAUCGCCGAGGUGAUGCUCUAUUCGCAGGGGUUUAAUCGGGCGAAGGAGCUGGCGAGGCAGACGGUGCCCUUCUUUGAGCAGUGCGCCGCUAGGCUGAGCAAGCAGGCGCACUACGACUUCGGGCUGAGGGCGCUGAAGAGCGUGCUCGUCUCGUCCGGCGGGCUCAAGAGGGCCAGGUUGACGGAGUCCGCGGCCGGAGAGGAGGAGGUCAACGAGCCCGAGAUCCUGGUGCAGAGCAUCCGCGAGACCAUCGCGCCCAAGCUGAUCAAGAGCGACGUGGAGAUCAUGAUGGAGAUCGAAGGGGCUUGCUUCCCGGGCGUCAAGUAUGUCCCGGCGAACUUGGCCAGGCUGGAGGAGGCCAUCCGCAAGCUGGCCGGGGAGAGGCACCUCGUGGUGAGCGAGCCGUGGAUGACCAAGGUGCUGCAGCUGUAUCAGAUCCAGAAGAUCCACCACGGCGUGAUGAUGGUCGGGUCUUCCGGCUCGGGCAAGUCGGCGGCCUGGAGGUUGCUGCUGGACGCGCUGCAGCAGGUGGAGGGCGUCGAGGGCGUGAGCCACGUGAUCGAUUCCAAGGUGAUGAGCAAGGAGGCGCUGUACGGCAACCUGGACGCUACCACGCGCGAGUGGACGGACGGCCUGUUUACGAGCAUCCUGCGCAAGAUCGUCGACAACCUGAGGGGCGAGGACGCCAAGCGGCACUGGAUCGUCUUCGACGGCGAUGUCGACCCGGAGUGGGUCGAGAACCUGAACUCCGUCCUCGACGACAACAAGCUGCUCACGCUGCCCAACGGCGAGCGCCUCUCCCUGCCGCCCAACGUCCGCAUCAUGUUCGAGGUCGAGAACCUCAGGUACGCCACGCUGGCCACCGUUUCGAGAUGCGGCAUGGUCUGGUUCAGCGAGGACACGGUCACGCCCAGCAUGAUGGUCGCGAACUACCUGGAGACCCUCCGCGCCGUCGCCUUCGAGGACCUCGACGAGGACGCCGUCGGCGCGACCGGGCAGGCGCAGAGCUCGGCGCGCGCCCUCGAGGUCCAGCGCCAGGCGGCCGACCUGCUGCAGGCGUACCUCACCGAGGGCGAUUUCGUCCUCCGGGCCCUCGACAUGGCGACGGACCCCGCCUACGGCUACGCGCACGUCAUGGAGUUCACCGCGGCCCGCGCGCUGAACACCCUGUUCUCGCUGCUCAACAAGGCGGUGCGCAACAUGAUCGAGUACAACGCCCAGCACGCCGACUUCCCGCUCGACGCGGAGCAGGUCGAGGGCUACCUGUCCAAGAAGCUCCUGCUGGCCAUGGUCUGGGCGCUGACGGGCGACUGCCCGCUAGACGACCGCAAGCGGUUUGGCGACCGCGUCGCCGGCCUGGCAUCCUUCGGCUCCCCGCCCCUGGGCGACGGCAGCGCGAGCCUCAUCGACUUCGACGUCUCGCUGCCCCGCGCGGAGUGGACGCCGUGGCAGAGCCAGGUGCCGACCGUCGAGGUCAACACGCACAGCGUGACGCAGACGGACGUGGUCAUCCCCACGCUGGACACGGUGCGGCACGAGGACGUGCUGUACUCGUGGCUGGCCGAGCAUAAACCGCUCUUGCUGUGCGGUCCGCCCGGGUCGGGCAAGACCAUGACGCUGUUCAGCGCGCUGAGGAAGCUGCCGACGCUGGAGGUGGUCGGCCUGAACUUCUCGAGCGCGACGACGCCGGAUCUGCUCGUCAAGACGCUCGAGCAGUACUGCGAGUACCGCAAGACGCUGAACGGCGUCGUGCUGUCCCCGCGGCAGAUCGGCCGCUGGCUGGUCGUCUUCUGCGACGAGAUCAACCUCCCCGCGCCCGACAAGUACGGCACGCAGAGGGCCAUCUCCUUCCUGCGCCAGCUCGUCGAGCACAACGGCUUCUGGCGCACCUCCGACAAGGCCUGGGUCACCCUGGACAGGAUCCAGUUCGUCGGCGCGUGCAACCCGCCUACCGACGCGGGCCGCACGCCGCUGGGGGCGAGGUUCCUGAGGCACGCGCCGCUGAUCAUGGUGGACUACCCCGGCGAGCAGUCCCUGCUGCAGAUCUACGGGACCUUCAACUCGGCCGUGCUGAAGAUCAUCCCGUCCCUGCGCGGCUACGCCGAGCCGCUCACCCAGGCGAUGGUCAAGUUCUACCUCGAGUCGCAGCGCCGCUUCACGCCCAAGAUCCAGCCGCACUACGUCUACUCGCCGCGCGAGCUCACGAGGUGGGUGAGGGGCGUGUACGAAGCCAUCCGGCCGCUGGAGACGCUGAGCGUGGAAGGCCUGGUGCGGAUCUGGGCGCACGAGGCGCUCAGGCUGUUCCAGGACCGCCUGGUGCACGAGGAAGAGCGCCGGUGGACGGACGAGGCGGUGAGGAGGAUCGCCAUGGAGCAUUUCCCCACCAUCGACGAGCAGAAGGCGCUCGGCGGGCCGAUCCUCUUCUCCAACUGGCUCAGCAAGCACUACAUGCCGGUCGACCGGGAGCAGCUGAGGGAGUUCGUCAAGGCCCGGCUCAAGACGUUCUGCGAGGAGGAGGUCGACGUGCCGCUCAUCCUGUUCGACGACGUGCUGGAGCACGUGCUGCGGAUCGACCGCGUCUUCCGCCAGCCGCAGGGUCAUCUCAUCCUGAUCGGCGUGAGCGGGAGCGGGAAGACGACGCUGGCGCGCUUCGUCGCGUGGAUGAACGGGCUGAAGGUGUUCCAGAUCAAGGUGCACGGGAAGUACUCGGCCGAAGACUUCGACGAGGACCUGAGGGAGGUGUUGCGGCGGUGCGGGUGCAAGGGGGAGAAGAUCUGUUUCAUCAUGGACGAGAGCAACGUGCUGGACUCGGGCUUCCUCGAGAGGAUGAACACGCUGCUGGCGAACGCCGAGGUGCCCGGGCUGUUCGAGGGGGACGACUUCUCGGCCCUGAUGACGGCCUGCAAGGAGGGCGCCCAGAGGCAGGGUCUGCUGCUGGAUUCCCAGGAGGAGCUGUACAAGUGGUUCACCGGGCAGAUCGUCCAGAACCUGCACGUCGUGCUCACGAUGAACCCGCCGGAGGACGGGUUGUCCUCGAAGGCGGCCACGUCGCCGGCCCUGUUCAACCGAUGCGUGCUGAACUGGUUCGGCGACUGGUCCGACCAGGCGCUGUUCCAGGUCGCGCACGAGCUGACGCACUCGGUCGACCUGGACCGCCCGAACUGGAGCGCGCCGGACACGCUGCCCGUGGCCUAUCGCGGCCUGAACCUCCCGCCGUCCCACCGCGAGGCCGUCAUCAACAGCAUGGUGUACAUCCACCACUCGCUGAGGCGGUUCAACGAGAAGCUGCAUCGGCAGCAGGGGCGCGUGACGUACCUCACGCCGCGGCACUUCCUGGACUUCGUGGCGCAGUACGUCAGGCUGUAUAACGAGAAGCGGGAGGACCUGGAGGAGCAGCAGCGGCACCUGAACGUCGGCCUGGAGAAGCUGCGCGACACGGUCGACAAGGUCCGGGAUCUGCGCGCCUCUCUCGCCGAGAAGAAGCGCCAGCUCGAGCAGAAGGACGCCGAGGCCAACGAGAAGCUCCAGCGCAUGGUGGCCGACCAGAGGGAGGCCGAGCAGAGGAAGAAUACCUCCCUCGAGAUCCAGGCCGCGCUCGAGAAGCAGGAGGCCGAGGUCGCCGCCCGCAAGAAGAUCGUCCUCGAGGAUCUGGCGCGCGCCGAGCCGGCCGUCGAGGAGGCGAAGGCGUCCGUGUCGAACAUCAAGCGCCAGCACCUGACCGAAGUCCGCUCCAUGGGCGCCCCGCCGCAGGGCGUCCGCCUGGCCCUCGAGAGCGUCUGCACCCUGAUCGGCCACAAGGUCUCCGACUGGAAGUCCAUCCAGGCCGUGGUCCGCCGCGACGACUUCAUCGCGUCCAUCGUCAACUUCAACAACGAGAAGCAGAUGACCCGCGCGCUCCGCGUCAAGAUGCGCAACGACUACCUCGCCAAUCCGGAGUUCACCUUCGAGAAGGUCAACCGCGCCUCGCGCGCGUGCGGUCCCCUCGUCCAGUGGGUCGAGGCGCAGGUGAACUACGCCGAGAUCCUCGACAAGGUCGGCCCGCUGAGGGAAGAGGUUGCGCAGCUGGAGGAGCAGGCCCUGCAGACGCGAGCCGAGGCCAAGGCCGUGGAGCAGAUGAUCGCCAACCUGGAGGCCAGCAUCGCGCAGUAUAAGACGGAGUACGCGGCGCUCAUCAGCGAGACGCAGGCGAUCAAGGCCGAGAUGGCGAGGGUGCAGUUCAAGGUCGAUCGGAGCGUGAGGCUGCUGGGCUCGCUGUCGUCGGAGCGGGCCAGGUGGGAGGAGGGCAGCAGGUCGUUCGAGACGCAGAUCGCCACGCUGGUCGGGGAUGUCUUGGUGGCCGCGGCGUUCCUGGCCUACGGCGGCCUGUACGACCAGACCUUCAGGAAGGCCAUGGUGGACGACUGGUACAACCAGCUGCGGCUGAGCGGCAUCCAGUUCAAGGAGCCCAACCCGGUCACGGAGUACCUUUCCACGGCGGACGAGAGGCUCGGCUGGCAGGAGAACAGCCUGCCGGCGGACGAGCUGUGCACGGAGAACGCCAUCAUCCUCAAGCGGUUCAACCGCUACCCGCUGAUCAUCGAUCCGUCCGGGCGGGUGACCGAGUUCCUGCAGAAGGAGUGCAAGGAUCGGAGGUUGACCGUGACCAGCUUCCUGGACGACUCGUUCACCAAGCAGCUGGAGAGCGCGCUGCGGUUUGGUAAUCCGAUCCUGAUCCAGGACGCCGAGCAUCUCGAUCCCGUGUUGAAUCACGUCCUCAACAAGGAGUACCAGCGCACCGGGGGCAGGGUGCUCAUCCAGCUGGGCAAGCAGCAGAUCGACUUCUCGCCCUCGUUCAAGCUCUACCUGUCGACCCGCGACCCGUCCGCCGUGUUCGGGCCGGACAUCUGCUCCCGCACGACCUUCGUCAACUUUACCGUCACCCAGUCCAGCCUGCAGACGCAGUCCCUCGCCGAAGUCUUGCGCUCCGAGCGGCCGGACGUCGACGAGCGCCGCUCCAACCUCAUCAAGCUGCAGGGCGAGUUCAAGGUGCAUCUCCGGCAGCUCGAGAAGCGCCUGCUCCGCGCCCUCAACGAAUCCCGCGGCAACAUCCUCGACGACGACAACGUCAUCGAGACGCUCGAGACCCUCAAGACCGAGGCCGCCGACAUCUCCGUCAAGAUGCGCGACACCGAGGGCGUCAUGGCCGAGGUGGACGCCAUCACCAAGCAGUACGACGUGAUCGCGCGGUCGUGCAGCGCGGUCUUUGCGGUGCUGGAACAGCUGCACUAUCUGAACCACUUCUACCAGUUCAGCCUGCACUACUUCCUGGAUAUCUUCCACGACGUGCUGCAUGCUAACCCGAACCUGGCCAAGGGGGAGAAUAAGAAGAAGGAGGACCAUACGGCCAGGAGGGAUAUCAUCGUGAGGGAUCUGUUCGUGACGACGUUUAAGAGGACCGCGCUGGGCUUGUUGCAGAGGGAUCGCGUUACCCUGGCCGUGUUGUUGGCCCAGGCCAGCCCGUAUAAGAUGGAUAAGACGCUGUUGGACGUCGUGCUGGACGAGCGGGUGGAGGGUAAGGACGUGUCGACCGAGCCCGGAGCGAGGGAGGAGCAGUUCGCCAGGGCGAAGAAGAUUCCUGCGCUCAGGGACCGCAUCGAGAACGUGCCCGAGCAAGACUGGGAGCGCUUCUUCACCGAGGAGUUCGCCGAGCACUGCGUGCCGCGCGUCUGGACCGACGAAGAGGAGGAGAAGAAGACCCUCGAGCCCGCCGACCGCGCGCUGCUCUCCCUCGUGCUGGUCAAGCUGUUCCGGCUGGACAGGUUCGUCCCGGCCGCCGAGAAGUUCGUUACGCUCGUCUUCGGGCCCGACCUGUUGGACGUGGUGGAAGACCUGCAGCAGACGGUUGACCAGGUCUCUUCGACGAGGCCGAUCGCCCUGGUAUCCACCCCCGGCUUCGACGCCUCCUACAAGGUCGAGAACCUCGUCGAGAGGCUCCGCGUCAGGUGCACCAACAUCGCCAUGGGCAGCGCCGAGGCCCUUGCUUCGGCCGACAAGGCUAUCUCCGCCGCCGCCCAGACCGGCUCGUGGGUGCUGGUCAAGAACGUCCACCUCGCGCCGACGUGGCUGCAGAGUUUGGAGAAGCGGCUCGAGAGUCUGAAUCCGCAUAAGGAGUUCCGCCUGUUCCUCAGCAUGGAGAGCUCUCCCAAGAUUCCGGUGAACCUGCUGCGCGCGAGCCGAGUGCUCAUGUAUGAGCAGCCCGCCGGUGUGAGGGCUAAUAUGAAGGAUAGAGCGGCUGAGUACGAAUGCUCCGCCUUCGUAAUCGACACCUGGAUCGACCACGUCGCGCAAAACCGCACCAACAUCGCCCCCUCUAACAUCCCUUGGGACAUGAUCCGCCACCUCGUGGCCGAGACCUACGGCGGCAAGAUCGACGACGACGGGGACACACGCAUCUUACGCGACCUCGUCACGCGGGUGUUGACGCCCGAGGCGUUCGACAUAGGACAUAAGCUUGUUUCUUCCCCCGAUGGCGGCACUACCUCCUCCUCUGCUGACAACAACGAGGAUGAGGAGGAGGGAGGAGAAGGAGGAGGAGGAAGAGGAGGAGGAGGAGGAGGGAAUGUGAAUGAGCUGAUUGUGCCCUCGGGAACAAGCUUGCAAGACUUUAUGGCGUGGAUCCAUCGCUUGCCGGAACGGGAGCCGCCGACGUAUUUAGGGUUGCCGGCUAACGCGGAGAAGCUGUUGCUUGUGGGGCUGGGGAGGACGUUGAUCGGGAAUGUGAGGAAGGUUACGGAAUUGUUGGAGGAGGGGGAGGCUUUGAUGGCAGAGGCAUGA